GCAUUUUUCAUUCCUUAGCUCUUCUAUCCUCAAUCAUACUUCUCUUAUUGCAUCCGCUAUAGUGCGAUCAACGGGCCAAUCGCUCCCACAUUGCCCAAGAUCGACACGCGGCAAUCUGUAAGUAGGUGAUACUUGGCUUUUAGUGUGUCAACCGCUUCUCUUGCGCCCUAUCUGAUGAAGACUUGUUUUUUGGCUUAUACAAAUCGACAGAAAUGGCGUGAUCAGGCCCUGCAACAAUCUGUAUGGCUAAUUACACCCAUGAACUGAUCCCUGCUUCGAUACUAUCUAUCCGAAUGCCAUGAACUCAUGUGCAGAAAUCCAAUACUGCCGCGUUGACCGGGAGUAACAGAGCUCUUGGCUUGCGAAAGAAUACAUAUAGAACAGAGAUAGGAAGAGUGUCGUUGACUUCUCAAAGUUAAGUGGCUCAUCUUCUACCGCCAACAUCAUGUAUCCAUCACUUAUACUGACCGCCAUCUUUUUUCAAUGCCGUCAUGUCGCUAGUCUUCGAAUUGCAAGCUCUCUCUUGUGGAUCGAGCACACACCUCAAUCCUACGCCAUCGAAAACUUUUACAAUGGAAGCACACCUCCGACGCUGUUGUCUGGCGGUGUAGCUGACCUCGCCUCAAACGUAACUUUCGAUCUCGGCGCCAACGCAGAAACACAGGGUCUCAAACAGUACGCCAAUCAUCGCGACAUUCGCCUGAUCUAUAUCAUCUGCGAAGUCCCGUACCGCCUUGUUGCCGACAAGCGAAAAGGUAUCGCUAAACUUGAAGAUCUGAAGGGCAAGAAGAUUGGCGCAUUCCCGGUAUCGAGCGCAACAGUGUUCGUCCACAAUAUGAUGAGUAGUGUUGGCGUGCAGGAUUACGAAUACGAGAGAUACGAGACUGUCGACGCGAUGUUUUGUAUGAAGGCUCCGUGCAAAGACAGCGAACUUCCGAACCUGCUCAAUAACGGUAGCCUGGAUGCGUACGGAAUGUGGGAAACAUCUGUCGAGCUCGGCGCUAUGGCUCUGGGAGACAACGCGAUAACCUCUCAAAACGCAUCAAUAUACAGAGAAGUUUAUGCGCUAUACUCUACUACAGAGGCUCUGAACGACCCAUCCAAGCGUCAGGAUAUUGUAGAAUUUGUGAGGGCGCUCGAGAAGACGCUGGACGUGUUCACGCAUCACCCAAAAGAGAAUAAGGUAUUCGACUUUGUGGCUAAGGCCGUUGGUGCAGAUGCGGAAGUUGUAGAGGCUGUUUGGGAUGAUCAUAAGUGGGGUGGACGUUGGGAUGAUCGACUGAUAGACUUUUUGGUAGAAGAAGACAAGUAUCUGGCAGAACAAGACAAUAGGACGGUCACCCCAAGGACGGAGUUGGAGAAGUUUCUGGACUUGAGUAUCAUUGAUGAGUUGUAAAGGGGGAAUCCAAUUCAAGCAGGUUUGCUUGGAUCAGGAACUUGCAGUCUGG